CGCAGAAUGCUACCCUUCAAACAGCUGUGUGGCAGAUGCGGAGCAUCGCGACAACCUGCGCUUUCGCUGAUGACAAUUCGUUUGGUCCUGUAAUUGACAAGCGAUGUCGUGCCUUUGACUUUACUCUACUUUUUGAACAAGCGUUUCUUUCUCUUGUGCCCUCUGUUCUGCUGAUCUUGGGUUCUGUCGUCCGCCUGGUUGGCAUUUUACGUCGAGAUGUCAAGACGUCCAAAAGUCGUCUUCACGAUACGAAGUUGAUCUUCACAAGCUGUUAUGCAGGUCUCCAACUUGGGUUGCUUGUUGCGACAGCUCUGCCAUCGACACCGCGCACGAGCUUGUCCCUCACAGCUGCUGCCGUUUCGUUCGUUGGAGCCAUUUCGUUGUGUUUGCUGUCAAAUUUAGAGCACAAGAAGUCAAUCCGCCCUUCAGCAUUGUUGAACGCUUACUUGUUCUUCUCUGUACUGUUCGAUGUCAUUCAGCUUCGCACACUGUGGGAGAUCAAUGGCCUGGCCCAGGUCGCACGUCUCUUCUCGUCAGCGUUGGCCCUGAAGAUCGUUAUCCUCGUCUUGGAAGCAUGGGAGAAAGGCUCGCUGCUUAGAUCUCCCUAUCGCGACGCGACACCGGAAGCUAGAAGCGGUUUAUAUAACCGGAGCGUGUUCUGGUGGCUCAAUCAUUUUCUCGCCGUUGGCUUCGGCAAGGUCAUAUCUUUCGAGGAUCUGUAUCCCCUGGACGAUGCCUUGUCGUCUGAACAUCUUGCUGAGUUCGCUCAAUCAUCCUGGCAGAAAUCGACCAAGAGCGACCAAUAUGCACUACUCUGGAGUACCUUAGUCUGUCUCAAAUGGCCACUACUGGCUCCGGCCAUCCCCAGACUUGCAAUGAUCGGCUUCAAUUACUCUCAGCCAUUCCUAAUCACUAGGAUCAUCAACUAUGUUCAAAAUGAGGAGCGAGACAAAAACAUAGGCUACGGACUCAUUGGCGCAGCUGCAAUCAUUUACAUUGGUAUCGCAAUCUCUAACGGGCGCUAUCAACAUGCAAACUUCAGAUUCAUGACCAUGAUCCGUGGCUCGCUCUCGUCUUUGAUUUAUCAGCAAACUCUGGAUCUACAAUACACUGCUCUCGAAGAUGCCGGCCCGGUCAGUCUUUCCAAUGAUGUAGACUAUAUCGUCACUACCUCAGAAACUUUGCACGAGAUCUGGGCUGCUACCGUCGAGGUGAUUAUCGCCAUGUAUCUGCUGGGUCAGGGGUCUGGAGUCGGGUGUAUUGCCCCAGUAGUGCUCGCUAUGAUUGGCGCAUCUGCCAACGCAUUCUGGGUAGGCCCACAGAUGAAGAAACAUCGGCCAAGGUGGAAUGCGGCUAUUCAAAAGCGUGUGGCUCUGACAGCUUCAUUGCUCAAGGAUAUGAAGGCGUUGAAGAUGUUGGGCCUCACCAACAGGAUGCAAGCUCUGCUUCAAGACCAGCGAAGAUCCGAGCUUGACAAGUCGAUUAACGUUCGGACUUGCACGAUCUGGCUCAACAUCUUUGGUAACCUAAUGGGAAUCUUUGCGAAAGCUUUUGUUCUUAUGACUGUAGCCUUACAAGCUCAGAAUGGUGGUCAGGCACUUACUGCAGCAAAAGCUUACGGUCUCAUCUCACUUAUAAAUUUGGUCGACAGACCUUUGUCGAUAGUCACGGCGGACAUUCCUGGAUUCAUGGGAGCCCUUGGCUGUUUCGAGCGCAUUCAGAACUAUCUUCUGGCCGAAACACGGAGCGACAAUCGUAUCAUGAACAGCAGAAUCACGCCUGGACCGUCACCUGCCUCAUCUGCGAUCGAAUUGCGGGCCAUGCCUGUCAAAAGCACAACAAGUUCCGGGGAUGCUCCAAUCACUUUUGAUGAAUGCUCGUUUGGUUAUUCGAGCAACACAUCGGUACUCAAGGAUCUUUCAUCUACGAUCAGGUCAGGUACUGUCACCAUGAUUGUGGGGCCAGUCGGUUCUGGUAAGACUAGUCUUCUCCUCGGUCUGCUGGGAGAAAUCCAAAAUCUGAAAGGUUUCGUUCGCAUACGUAAUGCCGAUAUUGCCUACUGUCAGCAAUCUGCCUGGUUACCAAAUCAGACCAUCAAGGAGAUCAUCACGGGAAGCAGCUCUUACCAUGCACCUUGGUAUGAAGAAGUUGUCUUCUCUUGUGGACUCGACGUCGAUGUGAGUCGCUUCAUCAAUCGAGACGAUACCUUGAUUGGAAGUCGAGGGUUGAAUGUGAGUGGCGGGCAACGUCAACGACUUGCUCUUGCUCGUGCAGUAUAUGCAAGGAAAGUAGUUGUCUUGCUUGAUGAUAUCUUCAGCGCUUUGGACGCCAAGACCGAGCAACUGGUCUUCGAACGACUGUUGUCUCAGCGAGGCUUGUUCAAGAAGAACAACACUACUGUGAUACUCGCAACUCAGGCUGUGCAUCAUUUGCAUGCAGCCGAUCACAUUAUCGCGCUUGGGAAAGACGGUGCCGUUGUCGAACAAGGAACUUUCAACAAUCUUGUGGCCAACCAAGGCUACAUCAAGAGACUUGCCAUUGAAGCCAGAGAUCAAUUGAGCCAUGAAGAUCCGAGAGAACGUACACAAGAAUCCGAUGGCAUCGUCGCAGAGCCUGUCUCGUCAGAUGAUAUAGCCCCUAACGAUCGUAGAUUGGGUGACUUCUCCAUCUACAAGUAUUACGGGAAACGUGUAGGGGCGAUGCUUUUCACGGCGUUUCUUGCGUGCGAGUUCAUCAAAGUCAGCCUAUUUUCGCUUCCAGAUUUAUGGGUCCAGUUUUGGGCAGAAGAUCAAGGGGCUCAUAUGGACAUGUACAUCUCUGUCAUGUUUGUCAUUUCCAUUUGCAACCUAUUGUUUAACUACAUCUCACUAUGGGUACUACUAAUCAAGAUCAUCCCUCGAAGUGGACUAAGACUGCAUUGGACUCUACUCACCACGAUCACCGCCGCACCACUCAGCUAUUUCGCAAAGACCGAUGCUGGGAUCAUUCUCAAUCGCUUCAGCCAAGACAUGACCAUUAUUGACACCUCGCUGCCAAUCGCACUGCUCCAGCUCAGUGCCACCGUGUCCGAAAUCAUAUGGCAAGGCGCUCUGAUUUGCUACGGAGCAUAUUAUCUUGUAGCUUUCAUCCCUUUUAUCGGAGCAGUUCUCUAUGCCAUUCAAAAAUUCUACCUGCGGACAAGUCGCCAACUUCGCCUGCUGGAUCUCGAGAUGAAGUCGCCAUUGUUCACCCACUUUUCAGAGACUCAGGAAGGUCUGGUAACUAUUCGUGCUUUCCAGUGGCAAUCGAGCUUUUACAACAGCUUCUUGCAGAAACUGGAUGCUUCACAGAAACCUGUCUAUCUUCUUUAUAUGAUUCAACAAUGGCUUGGUCUCACUCUAGCCCUUGUGGUCGCUGCUAUAGCCAUUGCACUGGUUGCUUUCGCUACGCAGUUUAGCCAUCAAACUUCCGGUGGACAGAUUGGUGUGGCUUUGAUCUCCGUCAUGGGAUUCAGCUCUAGUCUUGCUGAACUCAUCUCGCAUUGGACGACUUUGGAGACUUCAAUUGGAGCUGUCGCACGUCUGAAGCAGCUUGAACUCGAAGUACAGCCUGAAGACCUGCCUUCCGAGAACGAGACACCACCUUCUUCAUGGCCUCAGGCUGGCGCAGUAACAUUUGAGUCAAUCUCCGCUGGCUAUGGGCCUGAAAAGCCACUUGUGCUGCGCGAUGUAUCCCUGUCUGUUCGUACGGGCGAGAAAAUAGGAAUCUGCGGCAGAACAGGAUCCGGCAAAUCAACACUGAUCGCCGUGCUCUUCAGACUCUUGCCUACCCGUACCGGCACAGUGACAAUCGACAACCUCAAUCUUUCCACCAUCCCCCGACAAAAGAUCAGGAGUUCCAUCAUCGCCAUUCCUCAGGAACCUUAUAUCCUCUCCGGCACCGUCCGCUUCAACGCCGCUCCCCACUGCGCACCAUUCUCCGAAAUCGACACCGAGACAAGUUCAAAUGUGAUUUCCGACGACGCCAUCAUUGCAGCACUCGAGACUGUUCAGCUCUGGUCCAUCAUCGCCCGUCGCGGCGGCCUCUCUACCCCCAUCAAAGACCUCGGUCUCUCUCAAGGUCAAAAACAGCUUUUCUGUCUCGCCAGAGCCAUGUUACGCAAGUCGGAAGCCAAGAUUUUGAUUCUAGAUGAAGCGACUUCGAGUGUGGAUAAACUUACUGACGAGUUGAUGGCUAAAAUUAUAGAGACGGAGUUUAGAGAUCAUACUGUCAUUAGUGUGGCGCAUAGAUUGAGCAGUUUGGUUGGUUGUGAUAGAGUUGUCGUCAUGGAUGAGGGGAGAAUUGUGGAGAUUGGGGAACCGGGUGUUUUGAUGGGGGUGGAAGAUGGGUGGUGGAGAAAGCUAUGGGAGGCUCAGAAUUAGAAUGGAGGG